AUGACUUCUCAAGCUUUCGUUGACUGGACUGCCGUUCCAGCGUGGCUGGUUAAAUUGUUAGCUGAACGUGUCUACCCCUCCAACCCAUGCGGCCCCGGGAAGUACCUGGACCCGAACGCCCAAGCAUGCGUGUACAUCUGCAAGCCGGGGUACUCAUACGACUACGACACCAAGUCGUGCGUGCGCAUCAUGCCCGCGUGUGGCGAGGGCUUCGUGCUCAAGGGCGGGCGCUGUGUGCCCAACCACGAGUGCGACCAGGGGUACUCUUAUGAUGCGUCUCUCGAUGCCUGUGUGCUGCCACAGGGUUCUUUCCACGAGCCCAAGCGUACGUGGUGGCAGCAGGCAGUGGCUUGGGCAGCAGGAAAAGUUUUGAAGGCAGAUGACAACAGCUGCCCGGCCGGGUUUUACUACGACCCCAACACAACGGCAUGCGUGCCGGUUUGUGCACCGGGGUUUAUGUACGACCGCGAGCUGAAGAAGUGUGUGCCUUCCGAUGAUACCGUAGUGUAG